AUGGUAGAUUUGGAUAUAUCCGUAAGAAAGUAUUUGCUACUUAGGUCUGUUAUUAAUGGUAAGGCCCAGAACUGCCUUCCUAGUUAUAAAGAAUUGCAGAAAACAAAAAAUGCUAUUCUCCCUUUACAAUUUAUUAUUACUGAAAUUUCUGCAGAAGUUGAUUUGCAAGAACUUCUACAGAAAACAGCUGAAAGUAUCCUUGAAAUAAUAAAUUUUGAAGAGAGAGAUUGCCGGAUUAAAGUGAUAUGCAAGUGGGGAUUUGAUGGCAGUUCUGGGCAUAGCCAAUAUAAGCAGAAAUUUUCUGAUUUAGAAAACACCGACGAAUUUCUGUUUCUUGUAGCAAUGACGCCACUCAGAUUGAUUGAUAUGGAAACGAAUAAAGUAUUGUGGAAAAAUGAGAGCCCUUCAUCUACUUUAUAUUGCAGGCCGAUCAAGUUUUUAUUUAAAAAGGAAAAUGCUGAUUUAGUGCGGAAUACGGAAAAGGAAAUAAUAACACAAAUUGAAAAUUUGAUUCCUAUUGAGAUUAAGACAAAAGAAGGGCACUCUUAUAUAAUUGAAGUUGAUAUGAUGUUAACAAUGUUGGACGGCAGUGUUGGAAACGUUCUAUCAGAGACAAAUUCAACUAUGAAGUGCAUCAUUUGCGAAGCCACACCCAAGGACAUGAACACGUUAGCAGGGAUUAACCAUCCUCCUAACAUACCAGACACCAGAUACCAGACACCACAUACGAGAUACCAGAUACCAGACACCAGAUACCAGAUACCAGAAACCAGACACCAGAUACCAGACACCAGAUACCAGAUACCAGAUACCAGAAACCAGACACCGGAUACCAGACACCAGAUAUCAGAUACCAAAUACCAAAUACCAGUUACCAGAUACCUGAUACCAGACACCAGAUACCAGAUACCAAACACCAGACAUCAGACACCAGACACCAGAUACCAGACACCAGACAACAGACACCAGACACCAGAUCCCAGACACCAGAUACCAGAUACCACACACCAGAUACCAGAUACUAGACACCAGAUAUCAGAUACCAGACACCAGAUACCAGAUAAAGAGAUAACAGAUACCAAAUACCAGAUUCCAGAUACCAGAUACCAGACACCAGAUACCAGACACCAGAUACCAGACACCAGAUACCAGACAUCAGAUACCAGAUACCAGACACCGGAUACCAGAUACCAGAUACCAGAUAAAGAGAUAACAGAUACCAAAUACCAGAUACCAGAUACCAGACACCAGAUACCAGAUACCAGACACCAGAUACCAGAUACCAGACAUCAGAUACCAGACACCGGAUACCAGAUACCAGAUACCAGACACCAGAUACCAAAUACCAGAUACCAGAUACCAGACACCAGAUAUCAGAUACCAGACACCAGAUACCAGAUAAAGAGAUAA